AAUUCCUUCGGCCGGGGAUGUGCGUAGAUCGCGCCAUCGCAUCGACGCACAUCGUACUACGGAACUACGUGCGACCUAACGUAGUGGCAACGUGCUCGAGGUGACGUGCCGUGUCUCUGUAACCGUGUCCGUGUCCGUGUUCGUGCUCUUCUUUGCCCCCGUGUUCGGUACACGCCACCCCCAAAAUUUCGACCCAACUACGAUACAGGACCGCGAGAAGUCACUAUCGCCGUCGUACGUCGCCUGUUCGUAACGCCACCGCUUGCCCGAGCUAUGGAUCCGCCGGAAGUCACUGUGCUGGUAUCCUACGAGUGCCCCUAAAGGACACGAUACUUGUGCAAUCGCGACGGAUGUCGGAGAUGCUACGAAUUCCCAACUUCCUCGUCAGCAGGCCUUUUAACUUCGUAUCGCAGGUUUCCACUGAAAUCUCUCGGCUUCGAUUUCGGUUUAUGCGACACGAUGCGACGUUUCCCAUUUUUUGUUCUAUUUAAUCACGCCGUCUUAUUUGGAAGAGAUGCCGGAUGGAAGUUUGGAUGAUUCGAGGAGAGACUUGAAAUCGCGAAGUUCCUAGAAGGUCGAAGAUAUAGGUUGUAUCGUACUUGAAAAUUACGAUUCGAGGUGCAUGUUGGGUAUUUCGAGGAUGAUUAAUGACCUUGUCGAAGUAUACUCGAUAUAAACGGUAUUUGUGGUCGUUUACAUGAGAAAGCACGUUAAUGUUUACCGGCUUUAAUAGGUCAAACGAGGUGCCGUGCACUCUUUGCGCUUGACUUUCGCAGGCAACGAUGCUCGUUUCGAUUCCCCGUCAGCGUUUCUCUUUUUGAGAGUCGAGUCGAUCGUUGCACGUUAAAGAAUUUUAAUCGCUCGUCGUAUCGGAAGAGUCGUUAGAGGCAUCGCGGAAGAUACGAAGAUUUUCAACUGAUCAAGUUGAUCGUCAUCGAGUUGAGGAAUUUUUAUCGUUCAUUGUAUCAGAAGACUCGUUAAGGACGUUAUAGAUAGUACGAAAAUUUGCCACUCUCGUCGAAUCGAUUGUAGUAAGAUAAGAAAUUUUGGUCGUUCAUUAUAUCGGAAGACUUAUCAAAGAUACCGAAAGCUCUGCGAAAAUUCGCAAUUUUCUUCAGAUCCGUUAUUCAACGAUUUCACAGAGAUCUCGACCGGAUAGAAAGAAAAUCACUUUAUUGGAAUUACGUGUUUUCGAUAGGAGCGAUCAAUCAUCGUAAUAAAAAUGUAUAGCAUCGGAUUGCCGCGUCUCGAUUGACUUAGAAAGUAUUUUUUAACCUAAUCAAACUUUCGAUGCAAGCAUCAACCAACAAGAAACUUCUAAUCAAAGCUCGCAGGAUAAAGGGAGAAACACGUGCUAAUCGCAUUAACGAACUUCGCUAAUACGGAAGUGACUGUUUACACGUACCUCGACGUUCAACCCCUGAUCCUAUUAAGCUGAGAAAUAAAAUCGUUUUCCCGUGAUUUUGUCGUCUCUUCGACCGCGGUUAACGAAACCAACGAACCGAGUACUAUUUGUUCGAACGAUGCGAUACGGUGCGAAUAAGACUGGUAACGAGUGAACGUGGAUUAUUACCGUAUCAUCGAAUGAAUUUUUAUCGUAGAUUUCUCAGUGAUAAUUUAGAGCGAUAGCCUCCCUCGAUCUUCGCUUCUUGACAUCCGCCCCCUUCUCCCCUCCCAGUUUCGACAACAUACUUGACACAAACACGGGCCACCGGUGUUUCACAGCGAACGCUGCCUGACAUGGCUACGUGUUUCGACCAAUCUUCGUUUCGCGCUUCACAAAGGAACCAGGUCAUUAGGUACGCGAGAAACCAGGAAGGGUCGAGGGAAGUUGGUCACGCGAGAAUAAGCUGCCGCAGCACUUUCGUCGGGGCCUUUCUUUUAUUUCGGAAGGAUGUCACCACGGUCAAUCCUUCGUAGUUCGAUAUUUCCAUCGAGUCGACGCUCUCCGAACUAUACGAUCGAUCGAGAUCGCUCGCCAAUUUCUUUCAAUGGGUAGCUGUUAUGCGAACGAUCGAGUGGAACGUUUAUAUCGGAGUCAACGGUUUCGAAGCCAUAGGAGAAUGGACGUUUUAAUGCGAUUGAAACGGUUGACAAUCCGAUCUAUCGCUUCUGGUCACUUGUAAACCGAUUGCAACGGUACUAAUUCUGGCAAAUCGUCACCUACGAUGGAGGCAGAAAUCGAAUUCGGAGAGCGAAUUCUACGGAACUGCAUUUGCCAAAUUAAAUACGAACUCGUCAACUUGUUAAAGAGUACAAUUCUUUUGAUAACUGUUGUUAGAUAAUGUGCACCGACGGUGAAUCGUUGAUCGAUUGAACCAAAGGUAGAAGUUGGUCGAAGUAAGAGAAAGGGAAAGCGCUUAUUAAGGGAUCGUCCGGCAUAUUUUUUAUUCGCGCUUAAAAAGAUCCUUAAACAGAGAUCAAGUUCGAGAUAAUAAAUCGAGCUGCUCUUCAAAUUCGUACGACGAAACGAAAUACACCGCAUCAAAAUACAGAAGGAAGCUUAAACUAAAAGAUAAGAAUAAUUUUGAUUCCGGCGUAACGAUCUUCUUUUUUAAUUAAACGAGUCGCUUAUCUCAUUCCCAUGCGAUGGUUGAAAUUUUAAGCUACAAGAUAGAAGAAUACGAAAAGAAAGUUCUUGACAGUUGCUCACUUCCAAUUGGGACAAUUAGGUUUCUCGAAAACGAACGGUCACGAAAAAUGAAGUUAACCCGAUGAAGCAAAGAUUAUUCCGCCAAAAAAGGAAGCGAAAAAUUAUCUUUAUAUUUACGGAAGACUUACUCGGACGUCGUUCAUUUUAAUGGGAAGCUGCUCCAGUGAAUGUUACUUGGGCGAAGAAAAAGAAGAAGAAGAAGAAGAAGAAAAUAAGAAGCAGAAGGAAGUACGAAUAAAGACCGUAUUAUCAAUGGUCUAAUGACUUCUCCGGUGAACCCCAUUGAUCGUGGAUCAUUACGGAAUUACGAGGCAUCAAACGUGCAAGAUUCGUGUUUUCUUUCUUCUGAGAGCUAUCAGAUGUGACGUUAAAUCGACAAGUAUAAUUUGCGUGGGAAAUUGCGAAACGUCCUCGUUUGGUCGACGCGUUUCCUUAGAUACGAAGGAUGAAAGCGAAGCUGCGGAAUAGAGAAAGAUAAUCAGCUUCAUGUUGUCCCGAUUUAUACGAGAGCUUUCAGUGGAUAGCGUCGCGGAAGAAAGAGGAAAGAAGAAGGCGGGGUCGAACUCUAGCGUGUCGGUUUUGUGACCGUUUGCUCAGCGGGCUUUGGAAAAGUCCCGCGACGGUUCCUAUUACAAAGUGGUCACCAUCGAGGGUGGUGAACGUAAUGUGACAACUGUAGGUGAAGAGAUGACGGUGACUCCGUCGACUUCCGAUGUCGCUGACAAGGCAGUCUCGACGGACGAUGGUGGCAGUGGAAUGGAGGUGGCACGUCUCGAAGCCGUCCUCGCUGCUCUGGUGGAAACGAAGGUGGAGGCGAUUAAAGCUUCCUCGGCUAUGAGCAAGCGUUCCGGUAGCGCACCGGCUAGUCCUCGUCGGCUUAGACUGACUUCAACAUCGACUGCCUCCUCUUCGCUGAAUCACCAACAUCGAAGAAAGGGUCAUCAUCAUCAUCAUCAUCAUCACCAUCACCAUCAUCACCACCAUCAUCGUAAGAGGCACGAUUCCGCUCCGUGCAACGACUUCAUUGCAGACCCUACGGAACAUCACGAACAUAAUGUCCAUCACGGUAAAACGAGGCGACGAGCAUCGGAAAGUCCACGACGUCCAAGGAAAAAGCGCAAACACUCGAAAAGCCCGAAUAUUCUUCACGGCGUGGUACAGGACGUCCAAACGGGUCUUGAUUCACGUUUAGAACUUUUUGGAAUGGACGGUGAUCAGGAUCUUGCAUUGAUAAACUUUGAAAGAACUCGAGAAACUCUCAGCGAUUCCUGCGAAUACUCGCAGUUGCACCGAAGUGCCUCCUACUUUCCCCAAAGUACAGCUCAAUUAAAGAUCCACUACGACGACGACGAUUAUGUGGCGUUGAACGUAGCGGACGAGUUGGAAGAAGAGGAGAUCUUGAGCGGUACCGAAAAGAUCGAGGCACCUCGGGCGAAAUAUCAUCGGCCCCGCAGAAAGAGGAAACGGAAACGACGCAAAGUUAUCAAUACGGGUCCUCAAGAAGAACUGGUCGAUCCCGAAGAACUUCCACCACGCGCUCGUUGGACGAUCGUUGCGACAGCCUGCCUCCUUCUUACAAUGUCUUUACUCUUAGUCGGAGUUACGCUCAGAAUGGCACCGAUCAUCGACGAUAUGGUGCGCAGAGAGAACGAGGAACUGUUGAAUUCCCUGAACAGAGUUUUCGUGACCGAAAACUCGACAAUGCCUCUCUGAAGAAGACGUUCUAAGGCGAAAGAAUGGCUUGUUUUGAUGCGCCUUUUGAAGAAGUUUGGCAAGACGGCAGAAGAAAAAGAGAGCGGCGGAAGAAGAGGAAAAGUAUCGCGAGGAAAAACUUAACUUCGAAGUGCCAGGAUCGGAGGUCGUUUCUCAAAAGCAGGCAAAGUUUUAUUACGAUUCCAUUUUACCCGAAACAUCUUAGAUAUAGCGGGGAACAGGUCGAAUUUAAUUUGUCAAUGUCGACGCGGCACGAGGCUAAUUUUUCGACUCGACCGAUAAAAUACGAAUUUCAAACUAUCUGUAUAAUCAGAUAGAGUCCUAUAAUUUUAACCUCGUUGUUUCGAAGGUACGUCCAUCUCUGUCUUUUUCAUUGAAUUAUAUAAUUUGGAGGACAUUCUCGGGAAGAGUCAAGUAUAGAUAUAAUCACGUCGAGAAUGAAAAAAAGCGUAUUAAAGAAAAUGAGAAAAAUCUGCAAAAAAAGUUACUCGCGAUCAUCGUACAUAUAUACGUCGCCUUUGUUAGCUCGUUAUUGUUAUUGGCGCGGUAAAUGGAUGACCGUGUGAGCCUUGUUACGAUGUAUGAAACUGCGUUGUACGUUCUUUCAAUGCACGAAAAUUUUAUUCGAAAUAACAAAUGUAAUCCGACUCGUUUUGCGGAAUAGAUUUCGUAUACCGACAACGAAAAGAGACGUUUAAAAGACGUUCGUGAAACUCGAUUUAAAUUCCUUGUUGGAAAAAGAAAUCAAAAUAUCGGUAUUUCUGCUGUCGUUCUAUGGAUAUGUGUAAAUGACAGUUUGUUACAGAUUUCCCUUUACCUUUAUUCUUAUUUCGUUUCAAGGUAUUACAUUAGCGAACAAAAUUAGAUAAAAUUAUUUUCUUUUUUUCUUUUUAGUUGUAUAACGCUGGAUUAAAAUCUAUUUCAAUCGUGAUUUACUAGCUUUAAGUGUUAUAUAGUAAUCUACAUCAAAUUAUUAACGAUUAAGGAAUAAAAUUAUGGAUUUAUCUAUCCCUCUUUUAAGUCGUUAGUCUUUCGAUCGUGCAAAUUUAUUUUCACGUAGGACCGCAAUGUAUUUUUAGAAUUUUCAUUAUAAAAGUCUUCCACUUUAGAGGAAAUUAACGUGACAAAUAGUCGUUAAGAAGAGAAACUGCUCGGUUCCUUUUUCCCAAGGAAUAUACUCGUGAAUGACAGAUCUUUCGAAUUAAAUAUUUAUUACGAAGCAUUGAUCGUUAGAAAAGUAGCCAGAGUAAUCGUUGUUGUCAAUUGUUUGUAAAAUACAAGCUGUCGGACGUUACGAGAAAGGGCGUUCAUUAAAGAAUUGUAUUAUCUUAAUAUCGCUUUAAGGGGGAAUUUAAACAAGAUUUAGUUAACAAGAAUAUUAUCGCGAUUAAAAAAUUUCUCUACUUGACACGUAUUCAAAACUUAUUAACUUUAACGAUCAGAGAAUGGUCUUCUUUGCAAAACGGUUAAACAAAUAUAAUUAUUUGUUCUCCUAUGCACUUAUAUAUUUUACUGUACGUAUAUGCACAGAGAGUUAAUUUCUAUAAAAAAUUAUCUGAAAUAAUCGUGACAAUUUUCUUGUUAAUACAUGCGAUUCACCCUUGGAUAAUAGUAUUAUAUCGUGGUUGAUGUAAUUAUCGCACGCAUAAUUGAAAUCGUGCAAAAUAAUACAAAUAUAAUGUCCGAGAUGAUAAAUUUAUCGACGAUUAUAAUGUUUGAUUUUGAUUGUUUGUCCAUAAGAUGCAUAUCAAGAUCGGUUGCGUACCAAUGAAACAAUAGCUUUAUCGCAAAUAUAUUAUUCGAGAAAAUCUUAUGCAUGCCACGUUUCUUAUCGUCAUUCCAGAUUUAGUCGCAGUCAAAGGAUGGAUUUGAUCAUUGGCAAGCAUCGGUAUAACUUUCAUAGUUUAACUACGAUAUAAGCCGGUAGUUUCUGAGACCUCGCCUUUUAGAAAUAAUAAUUUAACGAGUAAAACGUAACUCUGAAUUUUGCCAAAAAGAAAUCGUAAAUCGUAAAAGGAACGUUCGACACGAUGUAACGAUUAAUUGAUAAUCGUCGAAACGAUGGAUUGAAACGAUGUCGUACGAGAAUUCAAUUUAAGAGGAAUUAAUUGAUAAUUGACGUAACGCACUACUAUUUUUCUCGAUCGAAGCAAAUCGAUCCUUUCACUAAUUCAACGCGUGCGAAAUACAGCACGUGCGUGAUUCCGCUCAAUCUGAACAAGUCGAAAUAAAAGUUACUUUUCUAGUGUAUACGCAAUUAAUUCGCAUUGUACGUAUACACCAUUGCUAUUGAUUAAAAAUCGAAAAUAAUAUCAAUGAAAAAAAAAACACAUAUAUAUAUAUAUAUUGAUACGUGUAAUUUGUUACACGAAAAAUAAAACAAUAUUGAAAUAAUCGUGUCGAAAUAUGAACGAACCGUAAAAGAUAAUGUUUACUAGGUUAUAAUUCAUACGUACUUUGUAAUAUCGAAUAAUACGCGUUAUUAGAGAUUAAUGAUAUAUGUUAUAUGAAUAUUUAGUUUAGUAUAAAAUAUUAGCAAUCACACUGUGAAAUGAUAUUUAAGCAUAAUUCGAUAAAUGAAUUGUUUUAUCCAUCGAUACUCGACCAAUUUCUAUCUUGUCAAUUCUUGUCUUUUACGCCGAAUUAUCAAUUUUGCUAAUGUACUAUUUCUCUUAUUAUUCUAAAGGCAGCCGUCCUCAGGAAAUGUUGCUCUUCUCAGGAGACGGAAAGGUCGAACAGGCAAGCUUAUGUCGCGAGAUUCUUCGAAAUUAGAGAUCAUAUUCAGAGAAUGAUUUGUUGAUAGAAUAUUUCAUUACAUUGUUAAAUUGAUAAAAAGUUAUACGUAAUAGUUCUGUAAGUAUUUUCUCCUCUGUAAGCUCUUUGUUCCUUAUAAGAUCAUUUUACCACUUCUUUCAAUUAUCAGCAGCAGAGCCUUUCAAAUUAAUGGUCAAUUCUUCAUCGUCGAUUCUUUAAAUGUAUUUGUUGAGAUCGAUUCGAUAUUAUUUUCAUGCUCGUAAAGGCACUCUCUGAAUAUGCAUCCUAGCGCAUUCUAUCGAAAUUGUUGAAUAGACAAGUUAAAUUUUUAAAGUAUAGCACUCUUUAAAGAAACGUUGUAUAGAAAACAAUGGCCGAUUAUCGAGGUAUUAUCGAAGCUUUCGAAAAUGUAUUUGCGUCGCACAAUCCAUCAUCGACCCUGCUCGUCGAUAUUUUCCAAUAUCUCGUAGGACUAGGUGAUUGUAUCUCGAAAAACAAGGGAUUAUCGACUUCGUAAGAUGAUUUUUUAUCUUCUCUUCUUUACGUGAAAAUCGAAAAUUCAAUCGCGACGAGUAUAAUCCUCGACGACCCGUUGCACUUUGUUAGAUGACGAAUAAAACGUUGUUACGAACAGUGAGUGUAAUCAUCGGUACUUACGCUAGCUGCGUGUAGAGUUACAACUGUAAUCGUAGAUCGUUCAUACUUUCUGGCCGGCAUUGUCAAGACAAUUUCGCGGUCGAUAUGUUUAGUAGGCCAUCGCUAUAGAUAUUUAUCGUGCGUAUUUUCUAAAAAAAAAAAUAUAUAAGACCCGUUUUUCUACUUGAAAUCGACCCGGAUAUUUUCGGUAUUACGAAUAAGCAACAAAUGUUAAGUUAUUGAUUUCUGACACAGAACACAGUUUAAUAUCAAAGAGGAAGAAGAGGAUAAAUACAGUACUUCUUGGAAAAGUGAUCGUCAAGGGAUCUAAUUGCGACCAACUAACCGGAGCGAGGUGCUAUAGGCAGACUAGGUCUAGCAAUCUUAUGGAUUUUAAACGUCAUGGAAUGUUCUCUACCAAGCGACACGUCGUGAUGUGUAAAAAAUUGAUUGCUACAGCCUAUGCUCUGUCGUAGCGAUCUUGCACGACGUGUGUCGCAAUUUCACAUAUAUACCUAUAAAAUAUGCCAGUUGUAUAGACAAAUUGAACAUAUUACGUUGUGUAUCGCACGUGUAAUACUGGUCGUUGGUAGAAUAUUCACGAUAGACUUCGUGACGGUUCGUGUACGCUCGCCGCUAGAGAACUCGCAUCAAACUAAUUUUCGAAACUAUGCCUUUCAUACAGCAAGUAUGCCCUCUUAUCUAAUCUCCACCAUCCAGCUAUUCAAGAAUUUAAAGCUUGCUGAAUAGGAAGUUUUAUUCCGAUGAGUUCGCUAGGAGACGCUAAAGUUUAGCCUAAACGCAUCUUCCUAAUUCUUUCUCAUUCAUUCGUCCUUUUCUCUUUUUCUUCCGUUUCUCUAUUUUCUUUGACAACUUAUAUUUGGACGGCAGUUUUGUGUCCAUAAAAAAUUCAUUGGAAUCUCAAAGAAUUGUUGUUCAAGCCAAGAAUACUGCUUGUAGCGAAAAAGAAGGAACGUGACGAGGAAAAAUGUGAUCACUUAUGCCAGAGGUACUGUGUACAGUAUAAAUACAAUAUUAUACGCAGACGCAUAACGAAUGAUUUUCAUUUCUCCAACAAAUGAGUAUAAAGUUUCGAUUAGAAUGAUGUUACUUGCUUUUUCUGUUUACGUUGUUUAUUCUAACAAUAUUUCUACGAUUUAUCGAGCGCUAAUUAUAAUUUAAUUUCAUACAUUAAAUGUUUCAUUCGUUAUGGUUGAAUAUUUAUAAUGCCAUCUUUUACGUUUAGUCAUUCUCGUAAUUACUUUAGUAUUUUAUAGGCAAUAUUUUUAAUAUCACCGUCAACAGACUUUUUCCAAUCGAGAGAGAAAGUAUUUAGCAUUGCAUAGCUUGUGAUAUGCAACGUGUACGUGUGUGUUCGUCUGUAUAUACGUGGAAAUGGUUCGAGUAUAAAAAAUCCUCCUAACGUUCUCGGUUGAAGAGAAACGCAGAGACGGAGAUUAAACAAUUUGGCCUAACGCGAAAAGUUUCUGCCGUUAGUUUCAUCUUCUGACGAGUGUGAAUCUGUAAUUGAGAAGAGCGAUGACGUGGUCUUGACUCACAAUACAUAUACAGGGUGUUAAAAAAAUGAAAAUCUGGAACUUUAACAGCUCGAUAAAAUUAUUAAACAGUGCUUAAUAACAUGGAACUUAAAAUCGAUGAGUGCAUACCCUCGAACAUUCUUGGCUUCUUCUAUAUACAUAUGCCUUUUAUUUAUUGUUGCAACCUUUUUAUCUCUUUACAGAAAAUUUAUUGAUUCGAUACCUUGAGUCGAUGAAACGUUAUUUAUCUUUCUUGGUUUUUAGCUUUUAAAUUUUUUAUAACACCCUGUAUAUUCUCAAUGAGAUAAUCUAGACUAGCGUGUUGUCGACACGGUGACGUAGGAGCGUUAGUCGUUAGUAGCGUGCACAUUUACAUAAAUUACCAUUUCAGUAAGUUCAAAUUUGUAUCGGAAGUAAUAAGUAUCUCGAUCUUUAGAUUUCGUUUGUAUUGAAUUAAGCGGAGAAGAGAUAAAACUUAGAAGCGAAGAAACAUUGAACAUUCACGCGAAUUUUGAUAAAGUCUCUUAAAACGGUAAAUUAAUAUCGCAGAUUUAAGUAUCGUUAAUUAAAUAAAACGUAUAUUUCUUUAAUUAAUCCUGGGAAAGGAUCCUCGCUCGCUCUGGUCUCUAUUCAGUUCUGUAUCUCGAAGAGAUUCGGAGCACAUUGGAAAUACGUAUUACGUAAAAUAAAUUUACAAACGUUUAUAGUCCCAUUAGGCUUUGAAAACAAUGAUAUCUUAUUGUUUUUGUAAUAAUAAUAAUAUAAUGAUAAUCAAUAAUGUUGCACACAUACAGUCAAAUAAUAUGGUAAUAAUAUAAUAUUGUAAUAUAGUAGUAAUAUACAUACUGUAAUGAAAGAAACGAUAAUUGCUAGGAAAAGAUAACUGCUAGGGAAAAAAUGUUUAGUUUUAUAUGUCCAGCUAAUCCUGUUCCUACGUCGCCAAGAAGUUCACAAAUGUAAAGCCAAGUAUCAUUAUAACAGUAUGUAAGAUAAUUGCGAUGAACUUUCGAGCGAGCAGUCUAGUCUGUAUGGAGAUAACGUGUGUGCCAAAAUGAAAAAAAAAGUCAUUAUUGUAUCGAAAUAAAAUUGUAUAAAGCGUCACUUUUUCCUUCGACAAUCAAAAUGCAGUGUAUGUUGUAUCGCGUGCAUAUUUUUGUGCAAUAAAUAAGAACAUAUGCCAAUUUAUCGCUCGGAAUGCUUUACAUAUGUCGUAUUGCAAAAAAAGAAAAAAAAAGAAAAAAGAAAAAAAAGUAAAGAAAAGGAAAAGAAAGAGAGAUCUACGCAUUGUUAAUGUGAUGCAGGAACUGUUUCUGGUAUUUCUAAAUUGCGAAGUGAUUAAUUUUUCAGGUUCCAUUGUCCCCGCUUCUUCUCUUGUCUUCUUGCCUUUCUCUAAAGGUAGAAAAAUGAUAAAAAUUAGCGUAAAAUGCAGUUGUUCCUUUGUCAUUCGUUAUAGAAAUUGAAAUAUAAAUCGUUUCCGUUCUUUCAUUUCCUUAAGAUACAAUUUCGACAUAUUUUAGGUGUGCGAUUAUUCGAAUUUUAAUCUUUAAUACGAUCAGUUUUUCGUUUCUUCGAAAUUUUGCGUUCCACGACUCGCUGUAAAAAGAUAAAAAUAUUUAUUUAGGAGGUAAGUAACCAGCAUCGAGUAUUGAAAAUAUAGAAAUCUAAUUACCGUAUGCCAGCGCAGAAUAUUAUGCAUUUUCCAAUAAAAUAUUGAUCGGAGAAUGGAUUUCGAAGUUUUAACAAUAAUGAAACGAAUCGUACGAUCUAAUACGAUAAAUCUGAAUUUCUUCGUUGCGAUCACAUGCAACAAGCGGUGGUUAUUUUAUUCAAAGAGAUAACACUUUAUUAAACAUUUCUAUCUACGACAGGAAACGAGUACGUAUUUAAUACAACAGGCAUAAGCAGAAGGAUUUAUCUUAGGAAAUCAUAAUAAUAAUCUCGACAAUGAGAUGUGUAUCAUAUUGACGAUGUUGUAAGAUGUUAAUGGAUGAAAUAUUAAGAUUUAUGUUUCUAUAUUGUAAUAACAUUUAUGUAUAAUGGUUAUUAUAAUGCAAAAAAUAUACAUACUAGUUGUCCA